CUCAAAUCUUUUCUUUUCUUUUCUUUUCCUUUUUAUAUAUUAUAAUAUUUCCUCAACUUGGUGUAACUCCAUGUUCAUUACUCUGUUUCCCACUUUCUUCAGACCAAAAGAAGAAGACAAUGGAGCUCAGUCAACAUGGUUUCUUAGAGGAGUUAUUAGCUUCAACACCUUGGACUUCUUCAUACUCAAACGGGUUCAAUGAUUUUUUUCAAAAUGGCUGGAAUUUCACUUCUUUUGAUGAAAAUCCCCAAAUGGCUUCUUCCACUUUCUCCAAUUUUCCCACUAUCCAAACACCUAAUGAUUUUUCUUUCGCCGAUCAACAACUCUACAGCAAUUUUCUCGAAGGGUUUGCGAUGCCGGAGCUCGAUUCCUCGUCCUACACUAAGAACAACGAAACCCCACCAUUUGUUUCGCAAGAAGAAAUGAGUAAUAAGAACAAUGGUUACCCUCCCGUGGCGAUGGAGGAGGAAGAACUUGGUUUUAUCGAGACUGAAACAGCUCCAAGUGUUUGUAAAGUGGAAAUGGAGCAAAUGGGUGUUCGUGAAAUUAAUGGUUCUAUAAUGGGUGUCGCAGAAUUGGGAAAAAGAAGCAGCAACAAAGCUAAGAAGAUUGAAGGACAGCCUUCAAAGAAUUUAAUGGCGGAAAGAAGAAGAAGGAAGCGGUUGAAUGAUCGGCUUUCAAUGCUCAGAGCCAUAGUCCCUAAAAUAAGCAAGAUGGAUAGAACGUCUAUACUUGGAGACACAAUCGAUUAUGUGAAAGAGCUGCUAGAAAGAAUCAAUAACUUGAAAGAAGAAGAGGAAACUGGUUUAGAUUCAAAUCACGUGGGUUUCUUCAAUGGGAUCUCUAAGGAAGGGAAGUCCAAUGAGGUUCAAGUGAGAAAUUCUCCAAAGUUCGAUGUUGAAAGGAAGGAGAAGGAGACUCGAAUCGACAUUUGCUGUGCAACAAGGCCAGGAUUAUUGCUGUCUACAGUCAACACAUUAGAAGCAUUGGGUCUUGAGAUUCAGCAGUGUGUUAUUAGCUGCUUCAAUGAUUUUUCAAUGCAAGCUUCUUGUGCAGAGCAGGGAAGUGCUCAGAAAGCUGUGGCAAGUUCUGAUGAUAUAAAGGAAGCACUGUUCAGAAAUGCAGGAUAUGGAGGAAAGUGCUUGUAGAGAAAACACUUCAAAUCAUGAGCUCUCACCUUAACCUUGAAGUGAAGAACAUUAAUGGCGUUCUUCAUAAGGAUGAAUGAGAAUCUGUUGCAAUUAGAAAUAAUUGAUCCGAGAGGCUCUUUCUAAUAAUUAAUCUUGGUUUUAUUUGAUGCAUUUAGUGAUUAGUUUUAGAUAUACCGAAAAUGACACUCCAAUAAUGUACUGAACGAGAUGAACUAAAGAGUUCCAUUUUUCAAGAUAGUAUUCUCUUUUCUUA